AUGCUUGGAGUAAGUUCUUUGUUGCUAAAAGAACUGGUUAUUGAAGAUCUUAAAGAAUAUCGCGAUUCGAUGAGAAUGACAGAAGAAUCCUUCAAUUGGUUACUAAACAAAGUAAGGCCUGCUAUAGAAAAAAAUGAUACUCACAUGAUCAGUGCAAUACCGGCCAAAAUAAAACUCCAAGCAAUUAUUUAUAUGCUUGCAACAGGAAAUAAUUUGAGGAGCCUAUCUCAUUUUUUCAGAAUAGCUAAAUCUAGCCUUUCGUUAAUGAUUCCUGUAAUUUGUGAUGCCAUCUACAAUGCUUUGGAGGAAUUUAUACAGGUACCAAGAUACUCUGAAGAGUGGGAGGCAAUUGCAAAUGGCUUUAGAAAAUCUUGGAACUUUCCUGGGUGUUGUGGAGCAAUUGACGGCAAGCACGUCGUCAUUAAAGCUCCAUUUGAAACAGGAAGCUAUUUCUAUAAUUACAAGCAACAGAAUAACCUUGUAUUAAUGGCUUUGGUAGAUGACAACUAUUGUUUUUCAUAUAUCGAUAUCGGGUGCAAUGGUAGAAUAUCCGAUGGAGGAGUUUUCCGAAACUGCAACUUAAGUGAUAUUUUGGAAAAUGGCUUGCUACCAGAAUCUCAUGUUAUAGUCGGAGAUGCUGCCUUCCCUCUGAAGCCUUAUUUGAUGAAGCCAUUCGGAGGACAAAAUUUAACAUAA